CAGGUGUCAGCAAUCAACAAAUGGCUGCCUGAUUCAUAUAAAAGCAAUGUUCUGUGUUUCAGUUUGUCGUUGCUGUCUCAACAGGAAGGAAGUGCAGAAUACUGACUAAGAUGUCUGGCCGUGGGAAGAAGGCUGUGCCCAAACCAAAGUCUUCAGUGUCCCGGUCUUCCAGAGCAGGGCUCACUUUCCCAGUGGGCCGCAUCCACAGGCUGCUGAAGAAGGGUCAUUAUGCUAACAGAGUUGGCAACGGUGCCGCAGUGUACUUCACAGCUGUCCUUGAGUAUCUCUGCGCUGAAAUCCUGGAGCUGGCGGGAAACGCCAGCAGUGACAACAAGAAGCGCCGCAUCGCUCCUCGCCACAUCUUGUUGGCAGUAAAAAAUGACGAAGAGCUCAACAAACUACUGGCAGGGGUCACGAUCUCAGAGGGUGGUGUUAUCCCAAAUAUCCAGGCAAUCCUUCUCCCCAAGAAGUCAAAGAUGCCCAAGGAUGACCGUUCAGCUGAAGAUGUUCAGUCUCAAGAAUUUUAAUGUAAACUUAUAAAGUGUUUUUGUUAAUGUAAAGGUUUUACAAAUUAAAGUUUUUUUUUAACAUA